CAUCUACACGUGGUCGUUGCAACGCGUAUCGGGCAGUGUCAGUAUUCGUGAGAUUAUGGAAAAUGCCAAUGUUUUAGAGGCAAUGAUGUAAUGAAUAAGUUAGUGUGUUCGAGAUGGAACGAAAUGUCGCUGAAGCUGCACGGAAAGGACAGUGGGAUAAGGUUGUAGGAUUGGUGGAAGGAGGAGGGAACGUGAAUGAUGUGGCUGAAGAGUUGAGAAGGACAGCUCUACACUAUGCUGUCAUUUUCCGUGAUAUGAAAACUUGUUUGUUCUUGCUGUCACGAGGUGCGAACGUCAAUCAGAAAGACGAGAAUGGAGAUACACCGCUUCAUAGGCAUAUCCCUGCUUUCGGCAUUUACCUUAGGAGUUGGAAUGCCGAUAUCGUAGACAUGUUAAUAGAUCACAAGGCCGAUCGUACUUCUGUAAACAAUAAAGGUGAAACUCCUCUUUUCGUCGCUCUUGCUAGGUAUGACAAGUAUAGCGUGCCUGUGUUGAAAAUUCCAAUUGCUGAUGUGUGUCGACCACUAGUAACAAAUGCCACUGUGAAUAUAGCAGAUCAUCAUGGUAAUCAUCCUUUACACAUUUCAGCUAAGAUUGGUUGUAUUGAGGUUGUUCAGCUGUUACUGGAUUAUGGAGCUCAUACACAUGUGUUGAAUGAAGAUGGACAAACACCACUACAUACAGCAGCUCGUGAACACAACAACUGUCCUGAAUUGUGUUCUAUUUUACUAAAGCAUAAUGUGAAGAUUGACGCAGUAGACAAGGAUGGCAACCAUGCACUACACUUGGCAUGUAAUCGAGGUCAUUUUGCAACUGCAAAUAUAUUGCUAUCUCAUGGAGCUGAUGGAGCUGUUCUAAACAAGCAACAAAGAAGCCCUUUACAUUUGACAAAUGAAGCUAUAUUGGGGGAGCAAGCUCUUUUGGCAUUGCACGAGGACGUUGGUAGAGCAUAUGGUGAUCAUACUUUGCACAUAGUAGCUAGAAAUGGUGAAAAUGAUGCUGUGCAGCUGUUAGUGAAUUGUGGAGCAGAUGUAAAUGCAUUGAAUGGAAAUAGACAAACACCACUACAUACAGCAGCUGGUGGAAAGAAAGACUAUCCUGAAUUAUGUUUUAUUUUACUAAAACAUAAUGCCAAGAUUGAUGCAGUGGAUGAAGAUGGAAAUCAAGCACUACACUUGGCAUGUAAACAAACUAAUAUGAGAAUAAGCUCUCUGUUGCUUUGUAAUGGAGCAGAUGCAAAUGCUUUGAAUAAAGAUGGACAAACACCACUACAUACAGCAGCUGGUGGAAAGGAAGACUGUCCUGAAUUGUGUUCUAUUUUACUACAACAUAAUGCCAAGAUUGAUGCAGUUGAUAACAAGGGCAACCAGCCAGUAGACGUGGCAAUGCUGAAUGGGCACUCUUUAAUCUAUGUUACAUUGGACACUGAAUCUCUUUUACAAUCAGAUCGAGAAGACGAAGCAUCUCACAAAAGUGAGUGGCUCAAAUUGGUGGCCAAGUCACUAACUGGUGAAGCUGUUGGAUUCACAGCAAAAUCAUCUGAUACUAUUGCCACCUUAAAGCAGCAAUUGCAAACCAAGGGCAACCCAUCAUCAUGGGAUCAACUGAUUGUGUAUAAUAAGAAGCAACUACACGAUGAGCAAACAUUGGCUGAUGCAGGAGUAACAGAUGGAACAAUACUGAACGUCGUUCUUUGUCCUCGUGGUGUGACAGGCAUGGGAGCUGAUGCAGGUGAGUUAUUUGUUCGAGCAUUAUCACAAGGAGCAGUUGAAAUAAGUCGAGUCAAGAUUGUCAUUGCUGGCAGAGACAGAACAGGGAAAACGUCAUUUAAACGAUCUUUGCUUAAACAGAAGUUUCAGACAAGUGAACUAAGCACACCUGUUGCAGUGGCAGAGUUGGCAGUGUGUGAAGCAUCAAACUGGAUUUUCGUGAGUGACAAGGGCAAAGAAUUUCUAGACAAACAAAUAGCUAGAGCAGCAGUUCAUGCAUCAUCUGUUUCUAGUGAAAAUGUUUUAGGUGGUGAAGAUGUCAACAACUAUGACAAAGAAAGUACAGAUUAUGGUGGCAGAGAAUCUACAUCAACUGAUAUUAGAGAAAGCAGCAGGGACGUUGACGAACUUGAUGAAGCAAGUGAUACUAGAAAAGGAAGUGUGAACACAGACAAACUUGAUGAAGCAACAGUUCUAACUGAAGGUAUUGCUCGCGCUAUUACAGAUUUCCAAAGUGAUCCUGACCUCCUAAAGGACGAAGAUUGUAAAGUUCACAUUACCAUUUGGGAUUUGGGAGGUCAGGAGCCACUUCUUCCUGGUCAAGGAGAAGUGAUCACACCAGGAUGUGUUGUUUGUGUUGUAUUUGAUUCAUCAAAGUUCCUAGGUGACAAGGCCAAGUCUUUCUAUCUCCCAUUUGGUACUUCAGACCCAAUUCCCAUUGACAACCACUGGAUAGAGACUAACUAUGAUUCUGUGGCUUUAUGGGCAUCCAUGACAUUUUUGGCAGGAGAUGAUGGAAGUUGUGAAGGCCUUUCCUUUGGUCAUCACAUCGGGAUGUCCAAAGAAUGUGCAUCACCAGUUAUGUUGUUGAUUGGAACACAUGCCCAUUGUACCAAUUCAAAAAUGCUCCAGAAGCAGAAUGAAUUUCUGUCUAAAAUGUUUUGUAAUAAAGCAUUUCAAGAGCAUGUCAUUCGACCAUCUAACCAGGUUAAUGAUUGGUUCUUUUGUGUUGAGAAUUCAGUGUCUGAUCCUAACAGUCCAAGUGAAGAUGCAGGUGUGAGUGCAGUAAAACAACUCAUUGAAGAGCUUGCACGUGAUGUGUCACCCAAACUUUUAAUACCAGCCACUUGGUCAGUUCUAGAAAAGAUUCUCGAUUCUUUAGAACAAAAGUUAGGCAGUGCUCUUUCCAAUGUCAAUGUUAUCAUGCCUUUUGCCUAUCGAUUGUGUCGUAUGUCAGAAGAGAAAGAAGUUCGUGCUGCUCUGGCAUAUUUAGAUGAAGCUGGAUCAGUAAUUUAUCCUCAGAAAAGCAAGAAGCUGAGGAACACAAUCGUCACUAAACCAAGCUGGAUGUUUAUGGUUUUCUCAGUUGUGGCAUCUGUCACUACUUGUCCUCCUCCCUUAUUGAGUGAAGAUUGGGAUCGAGUGCGGCAAGUAGGGAUCGCUUCUUGGAAACUCAUUCAUCAUCGUCUGAAAAAAGCAGGAGUGAAGUCAGAAGAGUAUGAAGAUGUGCUCAAUCUCUUGAAUUACUUUUUCAUUAUUUGUCCCAAACCUUGUUUGACUCAACCAUUGCCUUUAUAUUCUUAUGAAUCAGAAUACUUUGUUCCAUGUUUGUUAGAAGUUGAGGUUGAGUCGAAAAGUUCAUAUGCAGCUGUCCAAUCACCUGCCGAUCAACCAAUGUCACUGAUCAUUUCGUCUCAUAAAAUUGAGUUUAUUCCCGAGCAGCUGCAUUUUAGGCUGAUGACGUGUUGCAUUGAGAAAUAUUCUGAUGAACCAAUGUUGACACGCAAUCGCUCUGUAUAUAGAGUUGAGAAAGAUGUCAAGUUGGAAGUGAUUUAUCACUUGAAGAAAUAUAUCAUUGUCACGAUUGACACACAACGGCCACUUCAUGAAAUUGCAUCUCUGUGUACAGACAUCCGUCUGUUUAUCACUGAAAAGUUGCAUGAAGUGAAGACACCAGGGUUGUCUCGUUUCCAGUUUUCAUUGAAUAUUCAACAUCCCGGACCAGCCAUUCCUGUAGGUGCCAGCAGGUUGGUAUGUAUAGACAAGUAUGCACCAAGUGAAGACACAACAUUGAGAAGAAACAUCAGCAGAGAUGAUCUUAGUCUGGAUCACAAUGAAAGAAGUUCGUUAGACUGUUGGUUUUAUGACCAUAGAGAUGCUGAUGUAUCAGGAAAAACACAACAACAGUCACUGACAGUGCAGGCAAACAGCAAGUGUACAGCUGAUGAUAUUGUGAGGAUAGCUGAGAAAGUAUGUCCUUCUUGGAAAAAGCUUGUGUUGAACUUGUCAGCUGAGUUUUUCAUAGACAAGACAGAGAUAAUCGAAAAGGACAACAGAGACGAUUGCCACAUACAAGCUGUAAAAGCGUUGCGUAUGUGGACUAAUGAAUUUGGCGACAAAGCAAACCAGGCAGCAAUGAUCAGGGGAUUAUGUACGAUUGGCUGCAGAUUUCAGGCUGUAGAAGUUUUCAGCCACAAUGUGGUAGAGCAUGUUUGCCCAUCCAAAUGACUGUCUUGUCUGCACUUGUAGGGCAGAGAUCACUUGUUACAGAAUUGAACGUUAGAGCAGUUUUAUGUUGACUUUAUUUAUUGACUAAAAAUUUUAGUCGUUGACUUGUAUUGCUGCCAGUUUACGUAUGUAUAUGGUAAAUCUGUUUAGCAUCGUUAGUGCAUAUGGUAUUUGCAAUAAUUGAAUUUCCUAAAUUAAAAAAUUUUAGUGCUGGAAUUGUUGCUUGCAUUUCAAUCAAAACAGUGACUUGAAUACUAAAGUUGUUACAA